GCUCCAAGGCUUCAAAUGGAAGUUAUGAAUAGGUACAUUACAAUCAAAAACCACGUAAAUGGUGCGCCCCAAGAAUCUGAUUUUGAGCUCAAGUCUUCACCCCUUUCUCUUUCCCUGGACCCUGACUCCGAUGAAGUCAUUGUCCAAAAUCUCUACGUUUCAAUCGACCCUUACCAGUUAAACCGCAUGAAAAGCUAUAGCUCCUCACAAGAGAGAUCAACGUAUGCAGUCGCCUUUACUCCCGGUGAGGCUAUCGAUACCUAUGGCGUUGGCAAAGUUGUGGCUUCUGGGAACCCAAAAUUUGAAAAGGGUGAUAUUGUUGCCGGCCUCCUCCACUGGGGAGAGUUCACGGUCGUAAAACCCGGUGGCAUGCUGAACAAGCUCGACCCCAUGGGCUUUCCCUUGUCUUACCAUGUUGGGAUUUUGGGGUUCAGUGGACUGACAGCCUAUGCUGGAUUCUACGAGAUAUGUAAGCCAAAGAAAGGGGAGAAAGUGUUUGUUUCUGCUGCUUUGGGAUCAGUUGGGAACUUGGUUGGUCAAUUUGCAAAAGCUUUAGGCUGUUAUGUGGUUGGAAGUGCUGGUAGCAAAGAAAAGGUGGCAUUGCUUAAAGAAAAGCUUGGCUUUGAUGAUGCAUUCAACUACAGGGAAGAAACUGAUUUAAACUCAACGAUCAAAAGGUAUUUCCCAGAUGGGAUCGACAUAUAUUUCGACAAUGUGGGGGGAGAUAUGCAAGCAGCAGCAGUAAGUAACAUGAACAUCAAUGGUCGGGUAGCUGUUUGUGGGGUGAUAUCGGAGUAUACGGAUGGCAAAAAACGAGCGGCACCGGAUAUGAUGGACAUUAUUUACAAGAGAAUCAAGAUGCAGGGGUUUCUUUCCGGUGAUUACUUCAACCUUUUUGGAGAUUUCCUUUCAACAACUUGUGAUCACCUUUGGAGUGGCAAAAUUCAGCCGUUGGAAGACAUCUCAGAUGGGGUUGAGAGUAUCCCCUCUGCUUUUUUCAAUCUCUUUAGAGGCCAAAACAUUGGAAAGAAAAUGGUUAAAGUUGCACAACACUGA